AUGCCCACUGGGAAAUUGGCGAAAUGGCAAAUGUUGUUGAGUGAGUUUGAUAUUGUGUAUGUGACCCAAAAGGCGAUAAAGGCACAAGCCUUAGCAGAUCAUCUUGUAGAAAAUCCAGUAGACGAAGAGUAUGAACUGUUCAGAACUUAUUUUCCCGAUGAAGAGGCCGUGAAGAAUUUGAAGAUUGCACCGUACGUGAAGUUAGUACAAAGGUUGUGUAAAAGGUUUCGCAAGAUCGAGUUUAGGCAUACCCCAAGGUUGCAGAACGAAUAUGCUGACACUCUUGCUACUAUCUCCUCAAUGAUCAAACAUCCAGAUACAAGUUACAUUGAUCUUGUAGAGAUAUAUUUGAAAGAAAAACCCGCUCAUUGUUCGCAUGUCAAAGCAGAACCAGAUGGGAGACCUUGGUAUUUUGACAUAAAAAGGUAUCUAGAAAUUGGAACUUAUCCAGAUAAUGUGACUUUCAAUCAGAAGAAAGUAAUACGUCGAAUGGCUAACAAUUUCUUUCCAAGUAGAGAAACCAUUUAUAGGAGAACUCCAAAUAUGGGUCUUCUCAGAUAUGUCGAUGCUAUUGAACUUAUGAAGCUUCUCAAAUAA